AUGCUACUGACAAUUACAUUGGAACGAGUAAUUUGCAGCAAGCAAACAGCCAAGAACAAAAAAGAUAAUGCAGAUGCGGUGGGGGAUUUGAGCUGUUUUGUGUUUCAAGAAGCAGGGGAUCAAGCCAUGACAAAGAAAUCGAAUCCAAAGAAAAUGGCAAGGAAGAUAAUUGAAGUCUCAACUAUGAAAAAAAGAGCUCUCACAGGAGGAGAAGAUAGCACUCAGAACCCAGAGGCCAAUAAAGAUAUUAAUGUGAAAAUAUCGGGGUCUGAGAAUUUUCCUAUCAGUUCUCUCCCAAGGGUGGAGGCGGUCAUCUCGGUAGAGAUCGGAGACCCAAGCCCCAGAAAAACAGUCGGAGGUAACGAUGAGGAAGCAGAACAAGACCUCAUUGACGAGGUAAGAAGCAUAGCCCAUCUCAGAGAGCUAGCCCUAAAACAGAGAAUCAGCCUAAGAUACAACCGCGGAGUCAUCCAGCAAGAAUUCGCAACUGACGACCUCGUCCUACGACGAAACGACAUCGGUCCCCCGACCCCAGGAGAGGGAAAACUCACCCCCAACUGGGAAGGACCAUACAGAAUCAAGGCUGCAAUCGGAAAAGGAGCAUACAAACUCGAACGGCUCAACGGCAACGAAGUCCCGAGAACAUGGAACGCCGCCAACUUACGACGAUAUUACACUUAG